AUGGAGCAGUCAGGACCCUCUAACACAAGCUUUGUGUAUGUGUCUGGAUUUUUCAAACAUGAUCAGCAGCCCACAGGACCAGACAAAGGUUUCCGUGCUCACACUUUGCCAGAUUUUGGUCUCCUGGAACGUUCAUAUGGCAUUUCCGAUGAGCCCGAUUUGACGCAGUGGCAACGAUUCGAGAAGCAUCUUCGGAACCUCAACGCCGCGAAUCCCGAGAAGAGUCAGUAUCGCGUGCUCCUGGUUGCUCGACAUGGAGAAGGGUUCCACAACGUCAAAGAACGAGAGGUUGGGCGACAUGAAUGGGAGUCCAAAUGGGCCAUGUUGGAAGGCGAUGGCACCACAACCUGGCUUGAUGCACCGCUGACGGGAAAAGGCCAGCGACAAGCAACAGACCUUUCAGUCUUCUGGAAGCAGGCUCUUAAAGUGUCGAAGGUUCCAGCUCCCCAGAAACAUUACACCAGCCCGUUGACCAGAUGCCUCCAGACUGUGCAGCUAACUUUCAAGGAUGUGCCUUUGCCACCUGAACGCCCGUUCAGGCCUGUCGUGAAAGAGACACUUCGUGAAAUCCAUGGUGUCCAUACCUGCGACAAAAGGAGCAGUCGCGAUAGUAUUCAAUCGCGUUUCCCAGAAUUCGAAAUCGAGCAUGGAUUCUCCGAGCAAGACGAGUUUUGGAAGCCCGACCAUCGAGAGACUCUGGAGGAACGGGUCCCAGUGAUGCACCACUUUCUGACCGAGCUAUUCCGAGACACGGAUGCGACGUUCGUGUCGCUCACCACGCACAGCGGCGCCAUCAGAGCGUUGCACAAAGCCAUCGGGCAUCCGGACGUUUGGGUCGCAGCAGGCGCGGUUGUACCCAUUUUUGUGCGAGCAGAAUUUGGUGGAGCGCGAGAUAUUUGA